UACAAAGAAACAAAUCAACGUACAUCAUUUCCACAAUCAAACAAUCGCUAGAGCAUUUGUGUUCAUAUCUGUCUGUCGAAAUAUUCUGUGACGUCAUAACGACCAACUUGUUGUCAUAAUGGCCGCCAUGCAUGGAAAAAGAUUUCACGUUGUAUUGUGUUUGGGCGCAAAUUUCGAUUAUGUAUAUGGAACCUUGAAAAGUCGAUACAUUUGUUAAGAACAGAGUAUUUAUUAUGGGUUUUUAAAUGUAAAGUAACCGGAUUUGUGUUUGAUAAUUGACGUAUUCCUAUUAUUUAUUGUGGUUUCCAACAACAAGUUAUCGACCCCCAGCGAGUGCAUACUCGUUGAAUCUGUCAUUACUGUCAGCAGACCUAUCAGUUGUAUAUUGUGUAUCAAAUGGGAAACUGUUUGUGUAAACGCAAACGUGAGCCAAAGAGGAGUUUAACGUUGGGGAUAUUUGGUCUGGACAAUGCAGGGAAAACAACCACAGUAAAAGUACUGGCUGGAGACCCCCACACUGAAACCACACCUACAGUCGGAUUCAACCAUGAAGACGUUGGCGUUCAUAAUUAUGAUAUCAAGUUUUAUGACUUGGGUGGUGGCAAAAAAAUUCGAGAUAUAUGGCAGACUUACUUUCCAGAAGUCUACGGAAUCGUGUAUGUGGUCGAUUCCACUGCAUCGGGUAGAAUGGACGAAAUUAAACACAAUCUGAAAAUCUUAGUCGAAGAUGAAAAAAUCAAAGGAAAACCAUUACUACUACUGGCAAAUAAGCAGGAUCAAGACAAUGCUUUGGAUGAAGUAGACAUCUUGGAACAGCUUAAUCUGGAGAACAUUGUCAACACAAACAAGUGUCCGUGUAGAAUUGAAACAUGUUCAGCUAUUAAGGGAACUGGCAAGAGGAUGGACCCCAACAUAAAGAGCGGAGUUAAGUGGUUGUGUGGCAUCAUUGACCAUAACUGGGAAAAAUACCACACCCGUGUAGAAAAGGACAAGGAGGUGGACAGUAAACGAAGGGAGGCGGAGCUGGAAGCAAGGAGGGAGAGGGUCAGGAAAUUACGGGAAGAGAGGGAGAAAAAAGAACAGGAGGAAAAUGAGCGUCUUGGCAUUAAAUCGGUUGAGGAUGAAGAUGAGGAUAUAGAAGAGAUGAAGGGUGGACCAUUCCGCCGUGUAGAUGUACGAGAAUUAGAGAAAAAGGAGAGAAAAGUAAAGGAAGAAAAAAGAAGAAAAAGAGACAAAGAAAAGCAAUAUGGUGAAAAUAAUGAGGAUGAAUCUGACACAGAAAUUCCUCGAUCAGAUCGUUCUCGCAAUCGUUUUGGUGGUCUCUACAGCAAUUCUCCAUUGUACGCAAAUUCCAUAAACAACAACAGAAGUAAUGAUGAUGAUGAUGAUGAUGGGUUUUUACCUCCAAUACAGAAGAGGGACACUCCUAGGUUACCCCCCUUACAGAGACCUCUAGGAACAAAAUUCAAUGAGGAAUCCCCAGUGAAAAAACUCAGGAAGAAAAAGAAGAAACCUAAACUUAAGGCUUUAAAGGAAAAUGUUGAGGAAAAUCAUGUGGAAGAAGGUGUGCAAAAUUAUUCAAGGACUUACACAAGUGACUAUAUGGAUGAUCAGAGAGAGGGAGAUAUUAACACAUCAUACAAAGAAUCUGUGAAUUCGUUAUCCAAAAUCGAACUGAACGCCAUGUCUUCUCUCCGUCGGGCCCAGAAUGGUUUCCCCAAUGAUGGGUUCAGUCGGGAUUCUGUGGAGGAGGAUGUGGAAUUGACAACGCGGAAAAAAAAGAAGGGAAGCAAGAAAAAGUCCAAAGCUGAAGACCUGGUGAAUGGAUACGGACAUGACUUGAGCACUCCUCAGACACUGGCCAAGGAGGAAGAUGGCACUGAUGAUGAUGUCACACCACGGAGGGAAAAGCUGAAAAGGGCAAAUGCUGUGGAAGAAGAUGACGCAGAAAUCAGAACGAAUCGCAAGAAGAAGAGUUACCUGAGAAACAAUAAGACGUACCCCUCAGAUGAUGACUCCCUCUCCGGGGAGACUACCGACAGAGAUUUUUCAUGGACAAUGAACCCCAUGGGAAAACAUUUCUCUCCAAGAGGAGCAAAAAUCACUACCUCUCAUACCAACUGGGACAAAAAAAGGAACACACCUCGAGACAUUGAUUUAUCUAUAUCUUCAACUCGUAACUGGGGAUUGGCUGAGGAACUUCCUGAAAUCGACAAUUCAAGUACUUUCUCAAGAAGGAUCAGGUCAAAUGUGGAGGAUGAUGAAGAUAUUGUUUAUUAAGCUUUAGAAAAACCCUGAUUUUAGACCAUGUUUUUUAGACAUACACUGACCGAGUUGGUUUGAUUCAUAGAUUAUAUAGUGAUGGAGUGUGUGCCUUUUAUUCUUGUACAAAUUAGAAUUAGUGUUAUUAAUAUCUAAGUAAUGAAAACUUAUUCUUCUGUGGUACCCAGAAUUUCCCUCAGAAAGUUUAUUUUUAAUGACCAAAAUGUAUUUCUUUCAUAUCAUUAAGAAUAAGAAGUACUUCAUCUUUUGAUCUUGACUGAUUUUGAGAUCAUUAAUCAUUUUUUAACACACUGACAAUGAAUGUUUUUAAUAUUGACAUGUACAACUUCUUCAUUUUGAUAUCCCAUUCGUCUCUGACAAAACUCUCACAAAGCCUUUACUACAUGUACGUCUUAAAGUAGUUUUGUCAACUUGUGCCAAGAUUUUUCGUUGUGAAUUAUAUAGCAAAUAUAAUUAUGCAAAAUUCUGUAUGUAAUCUUUUGAUGUGCAGAUUUGGAAGUUAAUAGACAUGUACUAAUGAUUGUAAAACUUGUAUAUUGUACUUUCAUUACAUACAUUUGUACGUACAAUGUACAUUGUUAGAAAAAUUUUUAUUGAUGAUGCAAGAGAUGUUUCUACACAUUACAGGCAUAAUGCAUGGAGAUCUUAAUGUGAAAUGUACAUAAUGCAUGUUUUCAUAUAAAUGUUUUUUUUUAAAUGGAGAUAUUUCCUAAACAUUUUUAUUUAAGAGUUUGUGUCAAUUUUUAUGUUUCUGUGUGCCAACCUUAUGUUUGAAAGAGUUGUAUACUUAAGAAUUUUAUUUCUUGCAUUAUCCAAGCUUGUCCACUUAUGAAUAUAUAUAAUAUCCCAAAAUAAGUAUAAAAAAUCACAAGUAGUAUUAUAAAAAUAUUACAAACUCCAUUGAGUAUACUCGACUAAUUUCUUUGCUUGUUCAGGAGUCAUUUUGUAAUGAUGAAUCAUACUCCUGAAGAAGUCGAGAAAUUAGUGGAGUCUACUCAAUGGGCUUUAUUGUGUCGCCUGCGUUACGCAGUGGCGACAUAUAGGGAUCACUAUCCAUCGUCCUGCGUCGUCGUCUGGCGGCGUCGUCGUCACAAAAAAUUUCUGUCACAGUUUUUCUCAAGAACCACAUGGGGCAACUCCCUGAUAUUUGGCACAGAGCAUCACUGUGGCCAACUGUAUUGUGUAAGACAUUUUCGAAUCUGUUGCUUAUCAACUUCCUGUUUGCCGGGACUUAGAAUUUUUUACAGCAAAAAAAUUUCUGUCACAGUUUUCUCAAGAACCACAUGGGGCAACUCCCUGAUAUUUGGCACAGAGCAUCACUGUGGCCAACUGUAUUGUGUAAGACAUUUUCGAAUCUGUCGCUUAUCAACUUCCUGUUUGCCGGGACUUAGAAUUUUUUACAACAAAAAAAAUUCUGUCACAGUUUUCUCAAGAACCACAUGGGGCAACUUCCUGAUAUUUGGCACAGAGCAUCACUGUGGCCAACUGUAUUAUGUAAGACAUUUUCGAAUCUGUCGCUUAUCAACUUCCUGUUUGCCGGGACUUAGAUUUUUUUACAGCAAAAAAAUUUCUGUCACAGUUUUCUCAAGAACCACAUGGGGCAACUUCCUGAUAUUUGGCACAGAGCAUCAGUGUGGCCAACUGUAUUAUGUAAGACAUUUUCGAAUCUGUAGCUUAUCAACUUCCUGUUUGCCGGGACUUAGAUUUUUUUACAGCAAAAAAAUUUCUGUCACAGUUUUCUCAAGAACCACAUGGGGCAACUUCCUGAUAUUUGGCACAGAGCAUCAGUGUGGCCAACUGUAUUGUGUAAGACAUUUUCGAAUCUGUCGCUUAUCAACUUCCUGUUUAGUGACAAAAACCAUUUCAAUAAUUUACUUUUUCAACAUUAUACGUGAUAUAUUACAUAUACUAGAAUGAACUAGCAGGCGACACGUCUUCCGGGGAAGACUUAAUACUGCGUUUUUUUUAUCUUUUUAUUUUCAUUAAAGCAUUAAAAAGGACCCAACGACACAAAUAAUACAAAUUGUCAAAUUAUUGGGACAACCCGUCCCUUCCCCAGGACAAAGAAGCUAAUUACAUGUGGUAACUAAGUGCUUUCUGGGUGUAUAAUAUAUAAAAAAGAAUAUCACAAAGCCGAUAGUGUAUACUCAUGGACAACUAUUUUCUUCAAGAAUUGAAGCAACUAGUCAAGUAUACUCUAUCGGCUUUGUGAUAUUUUUUAUUAUACUAUUACUUGUGUAGAUUUUUCUAUACGUAUUUCUGAAUGAUAUAUAUAUAUAUAUUCUUUCUGUGUUGUAUCUCGUCAGCAGUUGAGCUUUACACUGUGGACUAGUCCCAUGGUACUACAGUAGUAGACAAGUUGAUUAUUUUUUAUACUAGAUAUUAAAACCGUCCAAAACAAUAUCGAUCUGUGAUAAAGGAACACGUAGUACAUUAAUACAUGGUGUAUUUUAACCCAUUUUUAAUUUCCGUACAUGUAUACCUAAUACAGCUUUAAUGGAUGUAAUUUAUAUGACAUGUUGUAGUGAUGGUGGUUACGCAUUUUGUAUAGCGAGUCGUUGUCAUGGUAGCAUGAAAAUAUAUUAAAUUUUACUCUAUUUACAUGUAUUUCAAUCCGAGUUGUGUAUGGUUUUCUCUUUUAACAACUGUUUGGAAAAAUGAUUGAAAUUUAUGAACAACUCUUGUGCUGAAAGAAAUGAGUAUGAAUGCCAUUGACAAUCAAUAGAUUUGGGUACUGAAAUAUCGCAUCGUUGACUAUUUUGUUACUUUAAACGUAACAGCCAAUACAACCCUUGACGACGCUCCAUAUUUGGUAUUAAUGAUUACGUGGACAGUGGUAAUUAAAAGACCGGAUUGAACUAGUUUGUAACAAACUUGUAUUCAUUAUUUAUGAUGUAAGCAAUGUCAGUUUAAAAAAAAUAAAAUAUGAAAAGAAAA